CUCUGGUUAUCCUAAAAUCAGGAGCAUCACUUCCUGUCAGAGCGGCCAUUGGCUCAGAGUCAUAUUUCACUGGAACGAAACGAACUAACCUGCCUGUCAGGAUUCCUGUUUAUCCAGGAAACAAUCAUUUCCAGGUGGGCUGUAGGAUCCUUCCCACUGACCAAUGUGCUGCCAGAGUUCAGAGGAUGCUGAGCUCUGAUUGGCCGGGAGCUGUGCUGCAGCAGGUGGGUGUUCCUGCAGCAGCUGAGUCUGGUCAAGACCAGAGGAGCAGAAGGAGCCCAGAGUUCUGGUUCAGGACUUUGUUGAUGGUUGAAGAGACUCUGAGCUGAAGUUCAUCUGGGUCAUGGAUCCUGAUUCCUCCUCUUCUGACAUGUGGUGGGGGACUCUCGGUACCGUCCGGCCGUUCUCCAACUUCCAUCCUGAGAGAGAUGUGCAGGAGAUCCAGGCGGCGCUGGAGAGGAAAGACGCGGUGACGCUGGUGAGGAUUCUGACCAAUCGCAGCAACGCCCAGAGACAAGUCAUCGCCCAGAGCUUUGAGGAGCAAACAAAGCAGGACCUGAGUGCAGCUCUGAAGAAGGCUCUAUCUGGAGACCUGGAGGACCUUCUGCUGCAGCUGAUGAUGCUCCCGGACCAGCUGGAGGCCCACCGGCUGAAGGAUGCCAUGGCGGGUUUGGGCACCGAUGAGGAAACGCUGCUGGAGAUUCUGUGCACCCGCUCUGGAAGGAGGCUGCAGGAGGUCAGCGCCGUCUACAAACGCCUUUAUAAGAAGGAUCUGGAGAAGGAGCUGAAAGCAGAGACCAGCGGAGACUUUGCUAAACUGGUUGUGGCGUUGCUGAAUAAGGGUGUUUCUACAGGAGGCGUUCAGAGAGACGUUCAGGCUCUCGCUGCAUCUCUGAGUGGGAAAAAAGCUGAAGCAGGUCCUUGGAUCAACAUCCUGACAUCCAGAGACUCUGGUCACCUGAAGAAAGUGCUGAUGGAGCUGGAACUGGAGACCGGCCAGAUGGUGGAUCAGACGGUGGAGAAACGCUUCUCGGGGGACUUUAGACUCGGUCUGCGGGUUCUGGUUCAGUGCAUCCAGAACCCGGAGGUCUACCUCGCCCAGAGGCUGGUCACCAUGAAGACCUCAUUGGUUCACGGCAUCAUGGUGUCCCACAGUGAGGAGGACCUGCUGGCCAUCAGAGCCGCCUUCCUCAGACUCAGCGGAUCUUCUCUGUUCUCUGCUCUGCAGAACCAUUUUAAAGGACAACAUCUGCAGGCUCUGCAGGCCGUCUGUCGGUCUGAAGACUGAUCUGAAUCUGCUGGAACCAGGAACCAGUUUAUUCACAUUUUACAGCCAGUUUCUGACUCUUAUCUGUAACUUCUAUGUUUAGUUUCUGCUGCGUAACACCAGGAUCCUACAUGAAGCCGGAUCACAUUCACACCUGAUAUCAUUCAGUCUGAAUCGUCUUUAAUAAAAACAGUCAAACAAACUCGUUAAAGAACCGAGUCCAGACUCGUCUGGUUCUUUAACGAGUCCUGAGGGUCUGUCAGGGAAAACCGACGAGGAAGACGAGGAAACACUGCAGCAGAUUCUGAGCUUUGAUCAAUUAAAUCAAUAAAACUUUUGAUCCUAAUUUGUUUCUUCAUCA